AUGCAUGAUAUUUGUAAUUACGACACAUACUUCAUUCAAAAGCAUGAUGCUAUUGGAGUUUUGGGUCUUAUCCCGAAGCAAAAACUUACAGCUGCUUUGCAGAUGCUUGCUUAUGGGGCAUCUGCAGAGCAGGUGGAUGAGAUUGCAAGGAUGGGAAAAUCUACUAUCUUAGAGUGCUUGGUGAGAUUUUGUGAUGCAGUGGAAAAUUUGUACACGAGGGAGUACCUUCGAAAACCCACGCCGAGGGACCUGCAAAGGCUUCUAAAAAAAGGCGAGGAUCGAGGUUUCCCAGGAAUGAUUGGAAGCAUCGAUUGCAUGCACUGGCAGUGGAAGAAUUGUCCUACUGCUUGGCAAGGAGAGUACGGGAAUCGGAAGGGGCAAAAAAGUAUAAUUUUGGAGGCCGUAGCUUCAUUCGACACUUGGGUUUGGCAUGCCUUCUUCGAGGUUGCUGGAUCUCAGAAUGACCUCAAUGUCCUUGGUCAAUCCCCGGUGUUUGAUGAGGUAUUGCGAGGUCAUUCCCCCCAGGUCACGUACCAAAUCAACAAUACCGUAUACUCUGGUGCGUAUUACCUUGCUGAUGGAAUUUAUCCUAGGUGGACGACAUUUGUGAAAACAAUUUCGAAUCCCCAAUCUGAGAAGGAAAGAAGCUUUGCUUCCUUUCAAGAAGGUUACAGGAAAGACAUGGAGAGGUGUUUCGGUAUCUUGCAAGCUCGUUGGGCAAUUAUCAGGGGUGCUGCUCGGAUGCUAGAUGAGGAGGUGUUGCGGAGUAUUAUGAUGACUUGCAUCAUCCUCCACAAUAUGAUUGUGGAGGAUGAGUAUGACUACGAUGCUCCAGAGGUAUUUGAACCCGAUCCCAUGAACACGACGUUGACAAGAAUAUAUGAAAGGCCGAUGGGACCAAAUGGACUACCAAUGGAGCCCGAACCGUUACUUCGGGAUAGUCAAUUCAACAACCCCAUGAUUGAUCGUUAUCAAGAAAUGCAAUCUUCGUAUGUUCACGAGAGACGUCAAGUUGACUUGAUCGAGCACUUGUGGGAGAGGAAAGGCAAUCACAAUGGAUGA